AUGGAGGCUCCCCGAGGGGUCGCGGAAGCUGAGGCCUUGAGCCCAGAGCAGGUUGCCCGUUACGUGAGAUAUGUGAAAGAGGCUAAAGAAGCAGCUAAGAAUGGAGAUCUGGAAGAAGCAUUAAAACAUUUCAAUUUGGCAAAAGAUAUUUUUCCCAAUGAAAAGGUGAUGAGCAGAAUCCAAAAAAUACAGGAAGCCUUAGAGGAGUUGGCAGAACAUGGAGAUGACGAAUUUACAGAUGUGUGCAACUCUGGCCUGCUGCUUUAUCGAGAAUUGCACAACCAACUCUUUGAGCACCAGAAGGAAGGCGUAGCUUUCCUCUAUGGCCUAUAUAGGAAUGGAAGAAAAGGUGGUAUCUUGGCAGAUGAUAUGGGAUUAGGGAAGACUGUUCAAAUCAUUGCUUUCCUUUCCGGUAUGUUUGAUGCUUCACUUGUGAGUCAUGUGCUGCUGAUCAUGCCAACCAAUCUGAUUAGCACGUGGGUAAAAGAAUUUGUCAAGUGGACUCCAGGAAUGAGAGUCAAAACCUUUCAUGGUCCUAGCAAGGAUGAACGUACCAGAAACCUCAAUCGGAUUCAGCAAAGGAAUGGCAUCAUUAUCACUACAUACCAAAUGUUAAUCAAUAAUUGGCAGCAACUUUCAAGCUUUAAUGGCCAAGAGUUUGUGUGGGACUAUGUCAUCCUCGAUGAAGCACAUAAAAUAAAAUCCUCAUCUACUAAGUCAGCAAUAUGUGCUCGUGUUAUACCUGCAAAUAAUCGUCUCCUCCUCACAGGAACCCCAGUCCAGAAUAAUUUACAAGAACUGUGGUCCCUAUUUGAUUUUGCUUGUCAAGGGUCCUUGCUAGGAACAUUAAAAACUUUUAAAAUGGAGUAUGAAAAUCCUAUUACUAGAGCAAGAGAGAAGGAUGCUACCCCAGGGGAAAAAGCCUUGGGAUUUAAAAUAUCUGAAAAUUUGAUGGAAAUCAUAAAACCCUAUUUUCUCAGGAGGACUAAAGAAGAAGUACAGAAGAAAAAGUCAGGCAACCAAGAGGUCAGACUUAGUGAAAAGAAUCCAGAUGUUGAUGCCAGUUGUGAAAUGCCUUCCCUUUCCAGGAAAAAUGAUUUAAUUAUUUGGAUACGUCUUGUUCCUUUACAAGAAGAAAUAUACAGGAAAUUCGUGUCUUUAGAUCAUAUCAAGGAGUUGUUAAUGGAGACACGCUCACCUCUAGCUGAGCUAGGUGUCUUAAAGAAGCUGUGUGAUCAUCCUAGGCUGCUGUCUGCACGGGCUUGUCAUUUGCUGAAUCUAGGGACUGUCAAAUCCUGUGCUCAAGAUGGAAGUGAGGGGGAAGAUUCCUCAGACGUGGACCAUAUUGAUCAAAUACCUGAUGAUGCAUUGAUGGAAGAAUCUGGAAAAAUGAUAUUCCUAAUGGACCUGCUUAAGAGACUGCGAGAUGAAGGGCAUCAAACUCUGGUGUUUUCUCAGUCAAGACAGAUUCUAAACAUCAUCGAACGACUCUUAAAGAAUAGGUACUUUAAGACAUUGCGAAUCGAUGGAACAAUUACUCAUCUUUUGGAACGAGAAAAAAGAAUUAACUUAUUCCAGCAAAGUAAAGAUUACUCUGUUUUUCUGCUUACCACUCAAGUAGGUGGUGUUGGCUUAACAUUAACUGCAGCAACUAGAGUGGUCAUUUUUGAUCCUAGCUGGAAUCCUGCAACUGAUGCUCAAGCUGUGGAUAGAGUUUACCGAAUUGGACAAAAAGAAAAUGUUGUAGUUUAUAGGCUAAUCACUUGUGGGACUGUAGAGGAAAAAAUAUACAGAAGACAGGUUUUCAAGGACUCAUUAAUAAGACAAACUACUGGUGAUAAGAAGAACCCUUUCCGAUAUUUUAGUAAACAAGAAUUAAGAGAGCUCUUUACAGUCGAGGAUCUUCAGAACUCUGCAACCCAGCUGCAGCUUCAGUCUCUGCAUGCUGCUCAGAGGAGAUCUGAUAAGAAACUAGAUGAACAUAUUGCCUACCUGCACUCUUUGGGGAUAGCUGGAAUCUCAGACCAUGAUUUGAUGUACACACAAGAUUUAUCUGUUAAAGAAGAGCUUGAUGUGAUAGAAGAAUCUCAGUAUAUUCAGGAAAGGGUUCAGAAAGCUCAAUUCCUUGUUGAACUAGAGUCUCAAAAUACAGAGCUUAUGGAAAGACAAAGAACUGGAAAUGAGGGGGCCCAGCUAAGAGAAUCUGUAUUUCCUUCUCAGACAAAGAAGAAAUGCCCUGAAUCGAAUAAACCACAGCCUCAGCCUACACUGCUUACAACUACUCAUCAGACCCAGGAAGAAGAAAUCAGUUCCCAAAUGGCAAGUGUAGUAAUCAUUGAUAAUCUGCCUGAAGAGAGUGAGAAACAAGAUCUCUCCAGUAUAAACGUGAACGUUACCAUCCUGCAAGAAGAUGGUAGGCACUCACAUGAAAGUACAUAUGAUGCUGACUCUGUAGCUACUUUACCCAAGGGGGUUGGAAGUGUAGAAGAAAUUUGGACUGACUUUUUAUUGGGAAUGGCAAAAAGCUUUGCAACUGAAAAUGAGGCUCUACAAAAAAAGGCAUUACAAGAGGGGCCUGAACAAGAGGCACUGCAAGAGAAUCCUCUGGGAAGUUUUAAUUAUUUACUUAGCAAAUCAAUCAAAGCUGAUCUUGAGCCGAAUCUAGAUCAACUAAAGGAUGAUGAGCGUUUAUGUCACUGCAGCCCCCAGCCCAUUAAUCCCAUAACAAAUGAAAAUCAAAAUCCAGAAUCAGAUGCACCUGUUAUUGAAAAAGCUGAUGAUUUGUCAGCAUCCCUUAGUGCACUGCAGGAUGCUCAAGAAAAUGAAGCCAAAUUGGAAGAAAAACCUUUAGCAUCUUCCCCGCAGUAUGCAUGUGAUUUCAAUAUUUUCUUGGAAGACUCUGCACACAAUGGACAAAAUCUUUCCAGUCAGUGUUUGAAGCACAGUGUUGAGAAAGAAAAUAGCUUUUGUGGCUCAGCAGCUAAUUCCAGAGCAGAGUUUGUGCAGAGCAAAACAUGUCUCAGUUUGGAUUUUUCUGAGGAAGACGAUGAAACAGAAGUAGUACAAGUUAAUACAAAAAUCAGAAUUAAAGCUAGAAGGAUCAUCUCAGACGAUGAAGAUGAUUCUUUUAAAGGUAUUUCAAGCACAAGGUCGGUCAGCUCAUCUCCCUUUCGGUUCUCAUUUGUGAAACAAUUUGAUGCUUCAACUCCCAAAAAUGACAUCAGCCCACCUGGAAGGUUCUUUUCACCUAAAAUACCUGAUAAUAUAAAUAAGUCUGUAAACUCUAGAAGAUCUCUAGCAUCUAGGAGGUCUCUUAUUAAUGUGGUUUUUGACCAUGUGGAGGAUAUGGAGGAAAGACUUGACAACAGCAGUGAAGCAAAGGGUGCUAAAGAUUAUCUGGAAGAAGAAGCAGAGGAAGUCAGUGGCAAAACCUCAGAGUGUACAGAAGAGGAUUAUUCCAGAGAAAUGCUGUCUUCAGAAAACAAGUCCAGCUGGUUAACCAUGUCUAAGCCUAGUGCUCCAGCUCUGGAGACCUCUCCUGGUGACCCUGAGCCUUUGUCCACUGAAGAGUUGGUUGAUUCUCCCCAGGAUAAGGCAGUGGAAGCUAUGGAUGAUUAUGAGACCCUUGUAAGGCGUGGAAAAGAACUGAAAGAGUGCGGAAAAAUACAGGAGGCCCUAAACUGCUUAGUUAAAGCGCUUGAUAUAAAAAGCGCAGAUCCUGAAGUCAUGCUGAUGACCUUAAGUUUGUAUAAGCAACUUAGUAACACUUGAGAAUGUCUGCGCUCAUGACUUUAAGUUUGUAUAAGCAACUUAACACUUGAGAAUGUAACCUGUUUCUACCCCCUGGCUCCCCGCCCCCAAUACACAUAAUCUGGUAUUCUGAGCACUAGGUUAGUAUUUCUUCACUUGAAUAUUCUUGUGUUUUUUUCUUUUAGGCAUACACUAUAAACUUAACAGAACUAUGUUCUUUCUAGAGAAGUUUUUGUAAAAUUGUUCUGGCCAUUUUUAAUCUUACUCUGAAAGUGAUCUUUUUUUUUAAAUUUAAAAAAUUUUAAUUGACACAUUGUAGUUGUACAUAUUUACGGGGUACAAUUUGAUCUUUCAGUACAUAUAUAUGUCGUAUUGAAAGUGGUCACCUUUGUAUAUCACAGUUCAGAUAAGAAAAUUAAAGUUACUUUUCUCAAA